GGUUUUGCGGUCACACGCCGCGGGGUCUAGUGGGAGGAGCAGUUGCCCAGCGGCUGCCUGGCGCUUCCUGUUUCCGGUUCCCAGAGUGGAGCACCGCGAGGUUUCUGGGGGAGCGCUGGCCUUUGACACGAGCUCUGGGACCGGGGUCUGCAGUUGGCCCCUUGCUGGCUCUGUCACCUUGCCGGCCCUGUCCCCUUGCCCCAGACAGUUAUUCACCCGGCCAUUCUGAGCUUUGGCUUCUCCCCUUGCCCGUGACACGAUGUUCCCUUUCUCAAGCUGGUGGAGGACUGGACUGCUACUGCUGCUAUUCCUGGCUGUGGCAGUAAGAGAAUCCUGGCAGACAGAAGAAAAAACCUGCGACCUGAUAGGAGAAAAGGGUAAAGAGUCAGAGAAAGAGUUGGCCCUACUGACGAGGCUGAAACCACUGUUUAACAAGAGCUUUGAGAGCACCGUGGGCCAGGGUCAAGAGACAUACAGCUACAUAUUCAGGGUGUGCCGGGAGGCUGGCAACCACACCUCUGGGGCAGGCCUGGUGCAGAUCAACAAAAGUAAUGGGAAGGAGACAGUGGUUGGGAGACUCAACGAGACUCACGUCUUCAAUGGAAGUAAUUGGAUCAUGCUGAUCUAUAAAGGGGGUGAUGAAUAUGACAAUCACUGUGGCAAGGAGCAGCGUCGUGCAGUGGUGAUGAUCUCCUGCAAUCGACACACCCUAGCGGACAAUUUUAACCCUGUGUCUGAGGAGCGAGGCAAAGUCCAAGAUUGUUUCUACCUCUUUGAGAUGGAUAGCAGCCUGGCCUGUUCCCCAGAGAUCUCUCACCUUAGUGUGGGUUCUAUCCUACUAGUCACGUUUGCAUCACUGGUCGCUGUCUAUAUCAUCGGGGGGUUCUUAUACCAGCGACUGGUGGUGGGAGCCAAGGGAAUGGAGCAAUUUCCCCACUUAGCCUUCUGGCAGGAUCUUGGCAACCUGGUAGCAGAUGGUUGUGACUUUGUGUGCCGUUCUAAACCCCGAAAUGUGCCUGCUGCAUAUCGUGGUGUGGGGGAUGACCAGCUAGGGGAGGAGUCAGAAGAAAGGGACGAUCAUUUGUUACCAAUGUGAUUGCACUUUAAAUGACCAGCUUCUUCAGUCCCCCAAACCAAAGCAUACUCAGCCAGAUUUCUUAAGCAGUUUCCACUCCAGUCUCUCAUCUCACCCUUAAUAUUGCUCUUGCUUUCCAGUUUGCUUUUGGUUUGCAGCCCUUUCUCACUAGUAGAAAUGCCUUCCCUUUGUUCCCUAUUUUCUGUUUUUCCUCUAGAGAGGUACACUGUAAGGACACAGAUAAUAUAAAAGGGCCUGUGACAACAGAGGCUAUUGCACUGUCUCUGGGUAUCGGAAGGUACAGGUAAAAGUUACAGUGGGCAAAAGGGUAUGGCAGGCUCCUUAACCCUUUCUUUUUUAAACACAUUUUCCACAAGUUUUUGAGACACUGGAUUUAAUUAAAAAAACAAAAAAAAGCAAGGAAACAUUA